GUGUGGUUGAGCUGACUUCCGGGCGCGAGGCUACGGCUGAGGAGAGCGCGGCGCGGCUGGUGGAAGCCGGUGAGGCAGAGCCGCGAUGUUCCGUAUCGAGGGCCUCCCGCCGAAGCUGGACCCCGAGGAGAUGAAGCGGAAGAUGCGCGAGGAUGUGAUUUCCUCCAUCCGGAACUUCCUCAUCUAUGUAGCCCUGCUGCGAGUCACUCCUUUUAUCUUAAAGAAACUGGACAGUAUAUAAAGAAUUGGAUGUUACAUGUGACUGCAUGAUAUGAAGAACCUGGUUACAGUUUCUACUCUGCAAAUGAAUAGGCCCAGAAAGAUGUAAGAGACUCUGGUUGAAUGGACAUAAAAUUUCUACUUGAUAAAAGAACAAGUUUGGUUGUGGUAACUGACCUUCAUAGCUAAAACAGAAAACUACUUGGGAAACAUGAAAACAUGUUUCUGAUGCCUGUGAUCCUCAGCUUCCGUGGAUGUUGGUAUAAUUGUAAAUAAUGUCAAGCUCCAUUUUCUAGCAAUUAUUAAUUAUAGAAGGGAAUUAUGUCUGCAGUGGCCCUGUCUUGUCAGUCAUUUUUAGUGACCUUUUUACUUCUGUCAGGAGUAUAUUGAAGAACUCUUUAUGAUUAGUUCUGUUUUAUGAAAGCCAGCACACAUCCACAACAACAUUUAAGCACAGGACCAUUAGUCUAUAUUUUUAAUAAAUGUACCAAUUAAG